AUGGAAGAUGCAGAGGUGAUGCAAAUUCUCUUGACCAACACGGCUCUCUUUGAUUUGGGCAAUCCAGGCACCAAGGACGUCGAUCUAACGGCUGGUGAUGCCGUUGACAUUAUGAGCUUUGAGUUGAAUCGCACAACCGUGGCUGUCACUCUUGAAGGCUAUGUAUUCUUCCAGGCCCGGCCCGCCACCUUGCUUCGCAGCGGGUGGGUACCACCUGCAACCACAACAACGCGCGGGCCAGCCAAGCCACAGCCUACGAGCACAUCGGACCCCACACACUCUUCCUCCAGCUCUUCCUCUGCUUCGUCAUCCAUCUACAUUGUGGUCGUCAUGGUCCGGCGCUGGCAGCGCAAGGGCACCAAGCCACAAUUCGAUGCCCAAAACACCGAUCAGAACAUGAGUGAUUUCCGAACCGGCGUUGUCAACCCUCUCUGCACCAAGGACGUCGAUCUGACAGCUGGUGAUGCCGUUGACAUUCUGAGCUUUGAGUUGAAUCGCACAACCGUGGCUGUCACUCUUGAAGGUUAUGUCUUCUUUCAGGCCCAGCCUGCCACCUUGCUUCGCAGCGGGUGGGUACCACCUGCAACCACAACAACGCGCGGGCCAGCCAAGCCACAGCCUACGAGCACAUCGGACCCCACACACUCUUCCUCCAGCUCUUCCUCUGCUUCGUCAUCCAUCUACAUUGGUGCGAUUGGUGGCAUCGUCGGUCUCUUGGUGCUGGUCGUCGCAGUCGUCGUGGCCCGACGCCGGCAACGCAAGCCCACUGAGCCACAAUUCGAUGCGCAAAACACCGAUAAGAACUUGAGUUCUUUCCGAACCGGCGUUGUCAACCCUCUCUAUGGCGGGAUAGAUGAGGACCAGGGAACUACCUACGAUGAUGCUGACGCUGGUGGGGACGGCGACUAUCAGGACGUGCAUCAAGAAGCUUGGGAGCAAGCCAAUGAUGAGGAUUUGCAGGCCGACGGCAU